CCGCUUGGAAAUAGAAAAAGAACUCUAUGAGGAUUCCAGAGAACAUGGAGUGGACACUUGUGCUCCUUCUUGGCUGCUCCUUCAUCCAACAUACCAAGUGUUGGACCUGCCACUACUCCAGCCACACCAUGAGCUGGGCCAAGGCCCGUCAGUGGUGCAUGUCGAACUACACCGACUUGGUCAUCAUCAGAAGCCCGGAGGAAAACGAUUACCUUGUCUCUCGGCUGCCGAACCGCAGCAGCAGUCCGUAUUACUGGAUCGGGAUGGUGAAAAGAACCAAGAGCCAAAACUGGACCUGGGUCGGAAGCAACAGCACUUGGCUCAAUCAAAACUUGUGGGCAGUGAAGGAGCCCAACAACAACGAAAGCAUGGAAGUGUGCACGGAGAUUUACGUCAAUGAUAAAGACAACCGAGGGAAGUGGAACGAUGACCACUGUGAGAUGGCGAAAUAUGCCGCCUGCUAUCAAGCCCAGUGUAAAACAAGCUCCUGCGUGAGGGGAACCUGCCUGGAGAUCCCAGAUAGCAUCACCUGCCAGUGUGACGAAGGAUUUGAGGGGGAAAGAUGCCAAACAGCGGUCAAGUACCCCCCUCGGACGCCCCCAGAUGGCUCUCUCACCGAUGACCAGAUAAACAACACCAUCAACUCAACAUGUCGUUUUCGAUGCCUCCCUGGGUUCAUGAUUCUGGGAACAGCGGACGUCACCUGCGGGGACAACGGAACCUGGAGCGGACCCAGGCCUCAUUGUGCAUUCUAUAAGACUGCUCUCAUUGCUUUGUUAGCGUGUGGAGGCGUGACCAUCUCCUUCUGCAUCUGCUGCUGCUGCUGGAGGAAACGCAGAAAAAGAAACACUGCAGCUUAUGUGAGAGGCCUCGAUGGGUCGACACAUGCAUCCGGUGAAGAGUGAGAGACUGCUACUCUUAACUGGAGAGGAAAUUCAAUGUUGGUUUUAGUCAAAAUUAUUGUAUCAAAGACAGUGUGAUCAUGGUUAGACUGCAGUUUAACAGCAAACCAAUACCAGACCUUUCAUCUGUAUUACGAGCUUAACUAACACUUGUUGCUACACACGUUUAUUUGGGGUCUUUUCCCCUGUAGCCCUGCACUGGCCUAAUAAUGUUUAGGGUCUUAAGUUGCGACAUAUAGGGUAUAAAUCAAUACAUCUGACGACAACAACAACAACAACAAUAAUAAUAAUAAUAAUAAUAAUAAUAAUUCCAAGCAGAACACAUUUUUUUAAGUGCAGGAAAUGAAUUAUGUGUUUGAACAUUUUGACUCGCAGUCAACAGUUUUUAGAUUUCCCAGUCUGUCUCUGCCUGGUGUAAAGAAACCAAGUCAGUCAAAUAUAUUAUUUGAUUUUGUUUUUCCAUUUCUAUUUUAUUUAUUCAUAAAAAAUAAAAAUAAUAUAUGAGAAUUUCAUGAAUGGAAUAUUUUCAUUUUUAUACUGCAUUCACUGCCAGAAUUAUACACUUUACUGAAGUGAUGCCAGAAGAGAAGGGUGUCCAACAAUGGUACCUCUUGUCACCAAAAGGGAAAACAUCUUAUAUGGACUGAUAAUGAAUGAGA